ACUACUUGUCUUUAUCUAUGUCACUCACUCUCUCACUUGUCUUCAUCUAUGGUGGAGGCUUAUAAACAAACAAGAAAACCUGCAUUAAAAUCUGCAAAAAUGCGGAAACAACAACCAAAGAAUGAAUCAAAACCCUCGUGUGCUGCUGCCCCAGUAACUUUGCUAGUAAUUGCCGCAGUAUUACGUUACUUAUUGAUGACAUCCAAAUACCAAGGAAUUAUUGCAAACCAUGUUACGAUAUCUACCCCAUUAAAUUCAUGGAAAAGAGUGUUAGAGGGCUCAUUUUUGUUUUCUAAAGACAUUAAUCCAUAUGACGGGGACCGGUUGCACGAAAUGCCCUUAGCAGUGAAAUUUUACCAAAUGGUUUACGAGUGUAUGUUCAAAAAUGUUUACUUCAUGUUCAUUGCCUUCGAUCUUGGAACCGGAGUGCUUUUGUACUUCGCUACCAAAAGGUAUGCAAAGCUGUUUCUUGAAGAGCACCAGGAAAAAGGUAGAUUUCCAAAGGACGUACAGGAAUAUUUGCCAAGAGAGGAUUUUCCUGAUAAAGUGACUAUUUAUGUUUUGAUGUCAAUCUUAUUUAAUCCUUACAGUUUAUUGGGUUGUGUGGGAUUUUCCACUAUGGGAAUACAUAACUUUUUCUUGUCAUUGUUCAUUUUCGGGAUGGUUUUUGGUAAUGUUCUGAUUAGUAGUUUUGCUCUAGCAAUAUGCUCAUGUGUAUCAUUAUAUCCUGUAAUAUUGAUUCUCCCGCUUAUCACAUAUUUUGCUAAAGUGCACAAGAGCCAACUCAAAGCCGCAUCAGUUGCUGUUAGUUUUAUAGCAUUCUUAAUUCUAAUUACGUGGUGUAACACCAAACUUAGUUUUAACUUCGCAGCCAAUGUAUACGGCUUUAUUUUAUCAGUACCAGAUUUACAACCAAAUAUCGGACUAUUUUGGUAUUUUUUCACCGAAAUGUUUGACCAUUUUCGCGAAUUGUUUAUUUAUUCUUUUCAGAUUAACGCUACUAUUUUAUAUUUAGUGCCAUUGUCCAUCAGGUUUAGAAAUACUCCUUUUGUUCUCACUGUAGCCUUACUAUUUCUAAUAGCAAUCUUUAAGUCUUAUCCAUGUUCAAGUGAUUUGGGCUUUGCAUUGAGUCUUUUGCCCAACUUUUUACAUCUGUUCUCAUUUUGCCAGCAGGGCUUUGUUGUCGGCGUUAUUUUGCUUAUAACCAGCUCUCUAGCACCAGUGUUAUGGCACUUAUGGAUUUACAAUGCUUCUGCUAAUGCUAAUUUCUAUUUUGGCGUCACUCUGGCUUAUGCCAUCGCGCAAAUAUUUCUCGUAACUGAUAUUUUAUUUGCUCAAACUAAAUGGGAAUUUUCACUUAAACAUGGAAAAGAUACCAAAAUUGAUGGCGAAGAGGGUGUACUAAGUUUAGAAUAGAAUUAGUGGCUUUGUUGUUAUCUUUUUCAACAAAAUUAAAACAUAGAGUUAACAAAA